UCCAGAGCUCGGAACUGGAGCAUUUGCGCAGACAGUCUGCGCUGCCCACAUCGCUCGAGACGCGUCGCACACCGGGGAACUUUGUAGUACUUUUUGUUUUUAUUCCGCUGAACCGCCCGCAGGAACAAUAAAGAGAGAGAGAGAGAGAGAGAGAGAGCAGUCUGCAGAGGAGAACAGAGAGACUCCACACAUCAGGGAUAUAACAUGGUGAUCAAAGUGUACAUAGCAUCGUCCUCCGGAUCCACUUCGAUUAAAAAGCAGCAGCAGGAUGUGAUGGGCUUCCUGGCGGCCAAUAAGAUCGAAUACAUGGAGUGCGACAUCGCCGCCAGCGAGGAGAAUCGGAAGUGGAUGAGAGAGAACGUCCCCGAAGAGUCCAGGCCCGCCACGGGACACCCGCUGCCCCCUCAGAUAUUCAACGAGAGCAAAUACUGCGGGAACUAUGAGGCCUUCUUCGAUGCCAGAGAGGACAACGCCGUGUACGCAUUUCUGGGUCUGACCGCUCCGCCGGGCUCCAAGGAGGCCGAGGCUCUGGCGAAGAAGGCGCAGCAGUAGCAGCGUGGGUGAUUCCAUUUCUACCUGAGAGACCAGACCUGGACCCAGACCAUCAUCAUGUUGGACUUUAUUCAUUUAAUUUUCAGGAAUUUGUGUUUUUUCUCUUUUUUUUUUUUUUUUGUAUAAAUCAAACUGUUCAGCUGUGCCUUGCCAGCUGUAGUGAAAGGAGGUACUAAAACGGAGCGCCACGGCUCCGCUUCCUCCCGUUCGCCUCAGCCCGCCAACCAACACGCCAGUGUACCGUCACCAUGUUCCACCUCCAGACAGCGUUUCCCAGCCGCUCCUCCACCCGCCCGGCGUAGCCGGCAGAAGUCUUAGCGCUCCGAGCACCAACAGCCUGCCUGCUCCACCCGUCGCCACCAACAUUCACGGCACUUUCUGGAAAAGUAAUCUGUUACAAUCCCAUACUCUGUGUUUUCUUUACUUCAUAUUGUCUUAAUGACGUUUUAAGAGCAAGUUUUUUUUUUUCUACAAGAUGAUGUAUGUUUAAAAAAGAAAAAGUUUUAUCAAUACAUGCCAAAAUGGACACGUCUGCAAACACAGUAAACUGUGCAGUAGAGUUUAUUUGUUUAUUUUGUUUUGUUUAGGAAAGUCGGACAGCACUUUCUUUUUUUUUACUAUCAGAUCAGAUUGAUGUUUCACAUUGUGUUGGGCAAUCCAGUUUUUUUGACAAUGUGUCCCACCCUGAAAUAUAUAUAUAAAAAAAAAUAAAAAUAAAAAAAACAGAAAAAAACCCGGCUCAGAAAUGUACCAAGCCUCCUGUUAACAAACUGUUCUUUUAUAUGUACAAUAAAUAAAUUUUAAGGUUACUGAG